UUUGCUCUAGAAAAUCGACGAGACAACCGCCUUCAUACUUAAAGGUGAACUUUGCUUUGUCUGAUUGAUAGCAUGCAGUGAAGAUUCUAUCAACAACGCAAUUUGUUCAUGAUAUAAAAUAUUCCUUUUCCUUGAUGAACGAACAGUUUACCUACAAUACACGUGCACACUUAUUCGAAUGCAACCAGCAUGUUCUUACAACUUGUUAUUUUUUCGGUGUCUGCGAUACUAGCAUCUGCCGCACCAUCUAGUUCAAAAAUUGUCAACGGAACGGAUGCGUCCAUUGAAGAUUAUCCGUUCAUGAUUUCGCUGCGUUCCACUUAUGGUGGUCAUGCCUGUGGAGGUACAAUCCUUACCAAACACUGGAUACUGACCGCGGCUCAUUGCGUUCACGAAACCUUAACUCCCGACAAAUACACAAUCCAAGUCGGACGUACGGAAAUAUCCCGACCGGUGGACGAAUCGGUGUACGAGAUAGAGCUGGUUAUCAUCCACCCGGGUUACGACAUUUACAAUAGCUUCGUAAACGAUAUUGCCGUGUUUAAGCUGAGGAGUCCGUUGGAAUUUAGCGAUACUGUACAACCGGUGCGACUGCCGGCGGCCUGUUUUGAAGUUCAGCAAUCGAAUCCGGAAGUGACACUGAUAGGAUGGGGCUUGAAUGGGGACGAAGUCGCUCAGUCUAUUUUGCAGCAGGUGGACUAUUAUGUGGUGCCGAACGAAGAGUGUGACCAAAUUCAUUCCGACAAGAUUUUCCCGCAGCAUAUUUGUGCUGCGUAUCCAGGCGGCGGCAAAGGGCAGUGCAACGGUGAUUCCGGUGGUCCACUGUUGCACAACGGCAUUCAAGUUGGCAUAGUGUCUUGGAGUAUUAAGCCGUGUACAAUAGCACCAUACCCGGGAGUCCUUACCAAAGUUUCGCAUUUCAUAGAUUUUAUAUAUCAAAAUACGGAUCGGAAACCAAAACCUUCCACUUCAUCAGAAUGUACCUAG